GAAUAUUCCAGUCAAAACCAAGUUUCCAGAUUAGGCAGUUUUCUGCCCAACUGAAGAGUUUUUAUUUGGAUUUUGGAUCAGUUCUGCAGCUUUAUUAAAAUAUGUUUCAACCAAAGUUGUGCGGUCAGGUUGUGCAGUGCCUCACCGGCCAUCAUAAGAUGUAUAACCCCAUUAAUUACUAAAUGUGUGUCCACUAACCUGUUCCAUAAAUACAAAUUAUGCAUUUAAUCCCAAUCAUUUCAUUUUUAUCCUCAAAAUGAGGAAUGGCAGUUGUGAAGUGAUUUCAGUUUCUAAAUGCUUAUCAAACAUUUGUAUGCUUGAAAUUAAUUCUGUCUACUGGUGGACCAAUGAGGUAGUUAUUCAAUGUUUUAAUAUAGGUAAGAUAUAAAAAAAAAGAUUAAAACAACUAUGGGUGUUCCUGCAAACACCUCUCAUCCAUUAAAUUCAAUUGAUUUCCUGUGUGGAGACACACUCAGCAGGCAGCAACAUGUGUUCCAGCCUUCCAGCCUUGGCACACCUGCCUGCACAGUUGUCAUGGCAACCAGGUGGGGCCCUGUUGCUGCAACGCGCCACACCUCUUGUCCCGGUGGUUAAAGGUACAGUGGGGAAGAGCGAGAGACGAGGAGCAGCGAGACAGGUGGUGUAAGGGAGCGUGCGCACCAGAGUCCGCUCAUAAACCCAUAAAAAAAAAGAUGAGUCCAACAGCUGAGUCAUCAAGAUUGCAGCAGGUUCUUCUGUGGUGUUUGAGCUAAAAACAAUCUGACCCACCUCACCUGUCUGUCCUCACCUGACAGUCGACGGGCCGAGCGAGCAGAGCUGCUCAAGAACAACAUGGAGUCCAUUGAAGCAGAACAAGAGGAGAAAACAUUCAGGUCGCUUGUGGACGAGAGUUUUGAGGAAAUGGACGCCUUGGAUAGAAGAUCUCCUCCUGAAGGUUUGAUGGAUCCUGCGAGGACAAGCGUGACCGGUUCACCGUGUGAUCCAACGGAAGAUGAAGAAACAGGAGAUGAUGAUUUAAAUUCAGAUGCUAAAUUAGAGGCUAAAAGCAGGACAGAGAAUGAACGGAGGGAGGAAACAUCUGAAGAAGAUGAAGAUGAUGAGGCUAAAGAAGACGUAGAAGAAGAAGAUCAUG